AUGUUACGCGACAGUUACCAGACAUGGAGACGAGACGAGGUCAUGGUUUUCAACGUCAUUGACAUUAACUGGGCCCCGGUCAGACCUCAUGUCCACAACAGUAACCGAAUUACAGGGACCAGUGGUCCGAAGAUUCAUCCCUGGAGAGCUAUUGGCAGCAUCAAUGCCAUUAGAAUUCCACAUCUGGUUUGGGAAUUUACGAGCCUUGUGAUUUUUAGCGAAAGUCAUGCAAAU